GAUCUUUGACAGGCGUACGUCUAAUAAAAAUAAAGUAUUUCAUUCUCUAACUGUAUUAUUUAGUAUUUACUCUUUGUUCGUACAACGGAGGCACAGAGUGUGUAACCAUUAUCAACAUUUUAGAAAGUAAUUUGACUAUGACAAAAUGCAGUGAUAUGUGAUAACGUGAGAUAUUUUUCAAGUUUUUGACCAUCAACAAGUGAUAAAACAACAGUCAAAUGCUGAUGAUGUACAAAAAUUGUUAAUGAUUUUAACAUGCUGGGAUUGAAGAAAACAGAAUGUCCGCUGGUUCAUUGAUUGUAGUACUAUCACUUAAACGAUUAUUACUCAUCAUUGAUGAACGAUUCCGGACCGCUUAGUCCAUUCGACAAUGGAUGUUUAUCCUAUUACUUUGAUAAUCUGUCGAUCAGUGACCGCGAAACUAUUGCAGAAGAUGUCAGCUAUACUAUCGAUUCAGAUGACAGUAGUUGUUCUAGGACAGCAUGUUCAUCCAUAUUUGGCUCUGGUCCCGACGAGUUGGAAUCAGAAACAGUUUUGUUUUCAUCAUGCAGUGGCAGCAUCACAAAAUCCAAUGAAUGUCUAAUUGACAUAGAUACAUCAAUUGAUUCCACUAGCCAAAAUCAUGGGAAAACAUCUGAAUGCUGUUUAGUGACAAUUGGAAAAUCUAUCCAAAAAAAUAACUAUAUCGGAGUUAAAUCUUUUGAUCGUAUAAGUACCAGAACAAUCGACAAUGAAGAUAAAAUAGCUGGUAGUACUGCUCUAAUUUUAAAUUGCAGACCAACUCAAAUCCCCGCCAAACUACCUAAGGAGCAAUUAGAACACGAGAGACUAUAUGAGGAAAUUUUACAAAAUGCAAAGAAAAAAGAGUCUGAGAAAGCAAAAAAACAUAAAGAACAUAUAAAGCAAAAAUUGAUAAACGAAGAACGAUUAGCAAAUGUUACAAAAAUAUGGACUCAAGAAAUAAUUCCAAAUUGGCAUAAAAUGUGUCGGACAAAGAGAUGUCGUGAUCUUUGGUGGAAUGGUUUGCCCUCGAGUGUACGAGGUAAAGUUUGGUGUUUAGCUAUCGGCAAUGACUUGCUAAUCAAUGAAGAAUUAUAUAAAAGUUGUGUUUCAAACUCAUUUAACAAAUUUAAAGACUCAGAAGCUACUAUGGAUUGCCUGGAAUACAUACAUUUAGAUAUAACGCGUACAUUUCCUCACUUGGGGAUUUUCCAAAAAGGUGGACCAUAUUUUGACGUAUUGAAAAGGAUUCUUAGUGCCUAUGUUUGUCUCCGGCCUGAUAUUGGUUAUAUUCAGGGAAUGUGUUUUAUAGCUGCCAUUUUACUUUUAAAUAUGGAAGAACUUGAAACAUUUAUUUGCCUUGUCAAUUUAAUGGAAUCUCCAUGCUUGAAUGCAUUUUACACCGUAAACCAACGUUUGAUGACUUCUUAUUUUUCUACAUAUAAUGAUCUACUUAAACAUAAUUUAAAUAGACUCAAUACACAUUUUAAUCUCAUUGGUCUAACUUCUGAAAUGUACCUGGUUGAUUGGAUAUAUUCAGUUUUUGCAAAAUCAAUGAACUUAGAAUUGGCAUCUAUUAUUUGGGACAAUUUUUUAAGAGAUAAUGAUCAAUUCUUAUUUCGAGCUGCACUAGGUAUUUUACGCAGUAAUGAGUCUCAAUUAAUGCAAAUGGAUUCUAUAACGUGCGCUCAAUACUUAACAAAGUUACCAGAAAGUUUUACAUCAAACGCUUUAUUGAAAUCAACUAAAGCUAUUCGUAUGUCUAUUGGAAAACAAUCAUUUAACUCCUUACUCGUUUACAACCAAGCAAAAUGUACCCAAAACGCUUAAGUCUAAAAGUUUUGAUAUAUAUAUUGUUGUUAUUGCUCAUUUAUAUUAAGAAAUAAUUAUAUUAUAUAUUUAUUCAAUUGUUACACUAAUGACAUAUAAUAUCAUAACUUUUAAAAAUAUUUCUCUAAGUACAGAUUUGUACAAUUUAUUUAUCACAAUAAUAAUUUGGUGUAUACGCCAUGCAAGAUAUUAAUCGAUAAUAAGAAUUUGUCAUUUUUAUCUGCAAUAUCACUUGUUAACAUACAACACUAUGUUAGUUUUAAACAUUCAAACAAAAUGUAUUAAAGUAUAGGAACACAAUUUUUAAAAAGUGGCCUGAUCGAUCUCAAGUAGACAUUAAAACAAAUUCAAAUCAGUUUAAAGAAGUCUCAUCGCUUUAUCAGGUCCGUCGAUAUGAUUCACAAAAAAUUAGUACAUUUUGGUUGAAAUAAUUGUCGGCUAUCACAAUAAAUUUUAAGUAAUUGUAUUUAAUACAUCAUUUUUUUAAUUAUGAAACUAAUUAUAUAAUUGAUGUGGAUUGCCUAUAUUAGUUUAAUUUAUCACCGGGCCACACCAAGUAUUACAGCUAGUAUUAAAUUAAUUUAUUAUGGAUCAGUAACGAUUAUUUUUAUUAAUAUUUAAAUACAUUAGUACCAAACAGUUAUUUGAAGUAGAAAUUUUUAUAUUCAGUAUUUACCAAAGUUUAAAACUAGUUUUGAAUUUUAGAACAUUGUAUCCAUGACCUAUAACUAAUGUCUAGAAACUUAGUUGAUUUGUUUUACCUGUUAGUCAGUAUUCAAUUUAACU